AUGACUCCCCUCAGCCAGCCCCCGUCGUCAGCAUUUAGGCUCGAUCAAGAAUUGGAAGAUCCCAGCGUGCUUUGCCGUGCAUCGAACGCUGGCAGAUGGUCGACUGGAAAUUCUGUGUUAUGGGUGGGCGCAAGAUUUGUGUGCGAUAACGUCUGCAAGAAUCUCUGGGUUCUGCCUUUCAUUGUUACCCAAAGUCUCGAAGAAAUGAUGCCCGAAUGCCGCGACAACUAUCACAAGGGGUACGACGUGUUCAAGUCGUCAGAAAUUCUGGUGGGAUGUUCCGUGCGCUUCUCUGCUCGUCCAAGAUCUGCGAAGUGGCCACCGAAUUUUCUGUCCGCAAACAUGCCACCUGUCGUCACAUCGCCGUCCAAAAUUUUGAAUUUCAUCUGCUACCUCGUCGAUUCCCGGUGCCCCGUGUCUUCACUUGAAUUUGAGCUCUCUUCCGCUGCCGAGCAGAACGUCCCAUUUCGUGAAACCAACGCUGAAACAUUUUGGCUGGGAAAAAUAAACGCUUCGAGCGCAGAGCUGGAGGAGGGAAAACUACUUUCUGCAUUUCCUGGAUGUGGUCUCCUCGAGACUGGGGGAAGUCCACAGCAGCUUACAACUUCACAGGGACAAGAGUCACAAGCCGGCUUGGUGGCACUCGAGCGACCCUUGUCAACCACCCCUAAUUCCUCCCCUCCAUGA